AUGGGGUCCGAAGAGGUGCUUGUAGCUGACAGCAUGGGCAGUCAGGUGGUGGCGGUGCACUCCUCGCGAGCUGAUCUGGCCCUGCGCAAGGCAUGCCAAGGUCGCGACAUACAGGCGACCAGAUCCGCUCUAGCGCGAGGUGCUGGACUGGGUGCAGACAAAAGUGGCAGAACAGCUCUUCACUAUGCUGCAGGUGUUGGAUUCUGCGAAGGUGUCCGUGAGCUGCUUGAGCAAGGCUUUGACCCCAACGUCGUAGAUGGUCAUGGUGGCCGGCCAGUUGAUGAAGCGGAGUACUGGGGUGCAAAGGCUCCGGGCGAACAAAGGCGCAAAGCAUGCCUUGAGUGUCGUGAUUGCCUGGUGAGUUUCCAUGGUCGCCGCUGUGAUCCACAAGCGCGAGAUGAUACAGCGUCGUUUCUGCACAGGCGGCGUUCUCUGCAGGACCUGGUGAGAAGACGAGAUGGACUGCGUGCCUACAUGCCUUGGCAGGACGACCUGGAUCAGCUAGACAAGCGCCUGAGUGCACCCGCUGAUACGGGCGCGGCCAGCUCAGCUAGCCCGGGCCCCGAACGUCACGUCAGCGCAGCAUGCGCAGCCAACACUGGCAACAACAAUGCAGCCCCGCGACAAAGACUCUGGGGUGAUGUCGUAAAUGCCUACAAGGACCUGUCCCGGAAACAAGUGGCAAAGGCUGAAACAGCCACAGCCACAGCUACAGCCACAGCCACUGAGCCGCUGGAUCCGAAGCAUGAGAGGGUGUACCUCUAA